AUGACAUCGGGGAUCACACUGUUGAACACAGUAGGAAAAGUGUUCUGUAAGCUGCUGAACGAUAGGAUAGUGGGAGUAUUGGAGAAGGGACAUAGCAUUAGUGAGGGCCAGGCAGGUUUCCGCAAGAAGAGGGGGUGCGUAGACCACGUGUUCACGGUAGGGAGAAUCAUCCAAGGUAGAAAGAGGGCGGGAAAGCCGACGUACUGCUUCUUCCUGGACGUGAAAAAGGCAUACGACACCGUGUGGAGAAAUGGGUUGUGGAAACAACUGUCCAAAUACGGGAUCAAGGGGAAAAUGUGGAGAGUGCUGAAGAAGAUGACAGAGUGUACGAAAAGCGCGGUCAUGCUAGACGGAGAACUGUCAAAAUUCUUCGACAUUGAGCAGGGGGUCCCACAAGGUUGCACGC